CGCACUUCAAGCCACCUAUGCCGGUGCUGUAGAGCUGGAUCGUUCACUUGUCGUUCUUAGACGAAUGAUAGCUUAUUUACCUGUUACAUUUAGCCCUUGAUUUCAUUUCAAUUUUUCACAAAUAGCCUACUUUUCGCACGGAAUAAGAGUGAUUAUGUCCAGACCGCUGAAUUCAGCUUUCCUACCUCCGCAAACUCACGGCGUUUUGAAGGCGCUCCUGGAAAAACCUCUGAAACUACCUGGGCAAGAUGAAGGCUAUGGGAAGGAGAGAGAGAAGGUGAAAAAGCUAGAAGAAGAGAGAAACGCUCCACAGUCGGCUUUCUUAGGGCCAACGCUUUGGGAUAAAACAUUGUCUUAUGAUGGAGACGGCUUUCAGUUGGAGUAUAUGGACCUUGAGGAGUUCCUCUCUGAAAAUGGCAUCCUCUCCAGUCCCGCACAGCAUGACCAAAGCCUCCACCAGCAGCACCAGCAGCACCAGCAGCAUCAGCAGGCGUCAAUGCCACAGCCCCCCAUCUCAGUCAUGGACCUCAGCAGCCGGGCCAUCACCUCCAUCCACACGGGCAUGGUUCCUCAGAACUGCCUCCACAGCCCGGGCAGAACAGUUUUGCCUCCAUCACGUAACACGCCAAGUCCUAUAGACCCGGAGGCCCUUCAGAUACCAGUGAACUACGAGCCCGAUCCCGCAGACCUCGCUCUGUCCAGCGUCCCUGGCCAGGAGGUUUUCGACCCACGGAAAUGCAAGUUCUCGGAAGAGGAGCUGAAACCUCAGCCUAUGAUCAAGAAAGCACGCAAAAUCUUCAUUUCUGAUGAUAUGAAGCAGGACGACAAAUACUGGGCACGGCGCAGAAAGAACAACGUGGCCGCCAAGAGGUCACGGGACGCUCGGCGCCUAAAAGAAAAUCAGAUUGCCAUCCGGGCUGGUUUCCUGGAGAAAGAGAACGCUGCUCUCCGACAGGAAGUUGCCGACAUACGGAAAGAGCUCGGGCGGUGCAAAAAUAUCUUAACCAAGUAUGAAGCUCGGCACGGCACCCUGUGAGACUCCCACGGGUCCUGAAGUUCCCUUCCAAUUCGAAGGACAAUAUUCAUGGAUAAGGUCCGCUGGGCCUGUUUUCCAGCCAGGCCUCACCUCAGUCUGUUCUUGGCACCUUAGAAGGCAGAAACGUUUCAUUGUGUGGUUAUUUUAUACGUCUUGUAGAGAUCUCUCAUUCUCUUUCUCUAUUUGUUAUCGCAAACACAGCCAUCAUUUUUUGCCAACCGUGUUACUUA